GCGGAUUCCCAGCCCGGCAGCCAGCUCCGCGCUCCGCCCCGGCCUCGCGGGCUGCAGCGCGGGAGCGCCAGGUGCCCGCCGAAGUCGCAGGCGCAGAGGUGCCCGGCCCUCCCGGGCCCUCCCGGCCCCCACCUGCGGCGGAGAGCGGCGCCCCGAGGCCGUGCGCGCGCGGGCAGGAGCUCGCCGACCCGCACGCUGCCGCCCCGCCCCGCCCCUCGUCCCGCCACCCGCGGCACCCGGACCCGACCCCCGGCGGCGGCGCCGCGGGUUUGUCCCGGCUCUCCGGACCGCGCCAACUGCCCCGUUAGUCGGGACGCGCUUACAUUUCUUUCCCCGUUUCCCUUUUUAAAGUGCAAUAAAAGGGAGGAGGGAUCCUUGGAUUUUUAUUUUAAAUUCGGUUUUUCAAUUGGGAGGCAAUUCGCUCCCAGUCGGGAAGCGCGGCCCGGGGAGGGGCCAGGAGCAGGAACGUGCCCGGUGCUGCCCAGUCUUUGUCUGCCGCCGCCGGAUGCACAGCGAUGGGGGAAUGGACCAUCCUGGAGAGGCUGCUGGAAGCCGCGGUGCAGCAGCACUCCACUAUGAUCGGGAGGAUCCUGUUGACUGUGGUGGUGAUCUUCCGGAUCCUCAUUGUGGCCAUUGUGGGGGAGACGGUGUACGAUGAUGAGCAGACCAUGUUUGUGUGCAACACCCUGCAGCCCGGCUGUAACCAGGCCUGCUACGACCGCGCCUUCCCCAUCUCCCACAUACGCUACUGGGUCUUCCAGAUCAUAAUGGUGUGUACCCCCAGUCUCUGCUUCAUCACUUACUCUGUUCACCAGUCUGCCAAGCAGCGAGAACGGCGCUACUCGACCGUCUUCCUAGCCCUGGACAGAGACCCCCCCGAGCCUAUGGGGGGUCCUGGAGGAACUGGGGGUGGGGGCAGUGGUGGAGGUAAACGAGAAGAUAAGAAGUUGCAGAAUGCCAUUGUCAACGGGGUGCUGCAGAACACAGAGAACACCAAUAAGGAGACAGAGCCAGAUUGUUUAGAGGUUAAGGAGCUGACUCCACACCCAUCAGGGCUGCGCACUGCAUCGAAAUCCAAGCUUCGAAGGCAGGAAGGCAUCUCCCGCUUCUACAUUAUCCAAGUGGUGUUCCGAAAUGCGCUGGAAAUUGGGUUUCUGGUGGGCCAAUACUUUCUCUAUGGUUUUAGCGUCCCAGGGUUGUAUGAGUGUAACCGCUACCCCUGCAUUAAGGAGGUGGAAUGUUAUGUGUCCCGGCCCACUGAGAAGACUGUCUUUCUAGUGUUCAUGUUUGCUGUGAGUGGCAUCUGUGUGGUGCUCAACCUGGCUGAACUCAACCACCUGGGAUGGCGCAAGAUCAAGCUGGCUGUGCGAGGGGCCCAGGCCAAGAGGAAGUCAGUCUAUGAGAUUCGUAACAAGGACUUACCCAGGGUCAGUGUUCCUAAUUUCGGCAGGACUCAGUCCAGUGACUCCGCCUAUGUGUGAGAAGGCAGGUUUGGGGAAGGCUUGGGGGCCCCAAGGCCAAGGACUGCUUGGAGGUGGCUGAAUCUGCCCUCAUUUAUGUGACUCUCACCACUAAGAUGUAAGAUAAGGCUGGUUAAGAAAAGAAUCUGCAUCUGUGGAAAGGAGAAAAAGUAGAACCAUUACCACAUGUCACAUCAUUGGUUCCACAGAGACAACUGAGGAGAGAGACGAGGUGGAUGAGUUUCCCUUCAUCCAGCCCUUUCCACGUAUGGCCCAGCCUGAUCCUGAUAGCAGUGGACUCACACAGCUAACAAGUAGGACUUGGCUCGGCUGAGCUCUGUGUCCUGGUGAAUGGCCAGAGUCAAAUACUUCAAAAUUCGUGACCUGUCUCAACACAUCCCUUUAUCCUGGGCUGCAGGACAAAUUAUCCUUGAGGCAUCCUUCAUGUAUAUCCCCCACCAGCAUGCCCCUUUUCCUCAAUCCAGGAUAGCAUGCCAGCUUUUUCUGAAUCUGGCCUUAUCUUAGACCUUACAUGGUUUAUUUGCAAGCUAGAGGGAAUCACAUGGGGUGCUUUUUGGAGAAUGGCCACAGCAGAAGUUUGCGUGAGAGCCCCAUCUGACUGGCCCCUCGUCAUUAUGAAAAUCUUAGGAAUGUCUCAAUAUUUCCAGUUUUCUAACUCAAACUGCACUGGUGCUGUUUAUUAGGGAAGGGGACUGGGUGGGAGGGAGGGAAUUGCAAUAUGCAACUACAACACGUCUGGGAGAUGGUUGUUGCACUGUUAAGUGUGGUUCUGAGCUUCAGGAUAUUUCUUCUGCCUUCUAGCUUGUGGACUUUGGAUAAUAUUAAAUGGAUUUGUUUUGGUUAAUAUUGAGGGUGUCUACCCGAGCUACAGAAUUUCUAACUGGUGUAUCUCACUCAUUUUCUGACACAGUUUCAUUGUGCACCACAGCUGCACAUCAUUUUGCCAUGGUUUGAAUUUACCUGUGUGCUUACACCAGAGACCUUAAUCAGCCCAUAUCAUUCCCAACUUAUUAUUUUAUCAGUUAUUUUGAAACACAUAUACUCACUUCCACUGGCUUAAAGAACCUGGAACUAAACACUAUUGGCUAACAUGUGUUUACAGAUGCUUAUUUGAGACAUAUACCAAAGGUUCAAAAACCCAUUGCUUUGGACUGUGAAUAUAUUUCCUUCUCUUUGCUCUUAUUUAUUUAAGUGCCAUACUGUACCUUUCACAUCCACUGUGUAUUUAGUUAAAGCAUUGGCCAAGAGGAAUAUUUGGAUAAUGUGCUUUUAUGAAGCCCUCUGUUCCUUUGGAUUUUCAUUAUCAUUUUUGAUUUAGAUAUGGACAUGGUGUAACACACAACUGAGGAUUUGUUUAAAAUAAAGUUCUUGCCUUUUUUUGUAAAA